AGCCGAGCCUAGCGGCCGGGACUGGGCGCGACCCGGGCCAGCGUAGGCGCAGGAGCGGGCGGAGCCGAUCGCGGGCUAUGCUGAGGCUGACGGCCGCCGGGGCCCGAGCCAUCGUGGACAUGUCGUACGCCCGUCACUUCCUGGACUUCCAGGGCUCCGCCAUCCCCCGAACCAUGCAGAAGCUGGUGGUGACCCGGCUGAGCCCUAACUUCCGCGAGGCCGUCACCCUGCGCCGGGACUGCCCAGUGCCGCUCCCCGGGGACGGAGACCUCCUCGUCCGGAACCGAUUCGUUGGUAUUAACGCAUCCGACAUCAACUAUUCUGCUGGCCGCUAUGACCCAUCUGUGAAGCCCCCCUUUGACAUAGGUUUUGAAGGGAUUGGUGAGGUGGUAGCCUUAGGCCUCUCUGCUGGUGCUAAAUAUUCAGUGGGCCAGGCUGUGGCUUAUAUGGCGCCUGGUUCUUUUGCUGAGUAUACAGUGGUCCCAGCCAGCAUUGCCACUCCGGUGCCUUCAGUAAAACCCGAGUAUCUCACUCUGCUGGUUAGUGGCACCACUGCAUACAUUAGCCUGAAAGAACUUGGAGAGCUGUCAGAAGGGAAGAAGGUUUUGGUUACAGCAGCUGCUGGGGGGACAGGCCAGUUUGCUGUACAACUCUCAAAGAUAGCCAAGUGUCAUGUCAUUGGAACCUGCUCCUCAGAGGAAAAGUUAGCUUUUCUGAAAUCCAUUGGGUGUGAUCGCCCCAUCAACUACAAAGCAGAGCCGGUGGCGACAGUUCUGAAGCGGGAGUACCCUGAAGGUGUCGAUGUAGUCUACGAGUCUGUUGGGGGAGCCAUGUUUGACCUGGCUGUGGAUGCCUUAGCCGUCAAAGGGCGUUUGAUGGUGAUUGGGUUUAUCUCUGGCUACCAAAGCCCUGUGGGUCUCUCACCGGUAAAAGCAGGAGCUCUACCUGCCAAGCUCCUGAGGAAGUCUGCCAGUCUCCAGGGGUUCUUUCUGAACCACUAUUUAUCUAAGUACCAGGCCGCCAUGGAACACUUGCUGGAACUGCACAGUCGUGGGGAACUGGUCUGUGAGGUGGACCUGGGACACCUAGCUCCAGAGGGAAGGUUCAUUGGUCUGGACGCCAUAUUCCGGGCUGUUGACUAUAUGUACACGGGGAAAAAUGUUGGAAAACUUGUGGUUGAAUUACCUCACAGUGUCAGCAGUAAACUAUGACGUAACAAUGACAGAAACCCAAGGAGAAAGAAAAAGAGUUCUCCAUGCCUUAGAAUGAACACAAUAGUUCCUAAAACAAAAAUUUAGUGUUAAUGAAUUCAACUCCCCCCCUUUCCUUGGGGGUAAAAAUAAUGUGCUUCAAUAAAAGUUCUCUCUAUAGCUAAGAGGUAAAA